AUGGGUCCAGUAGUUGUCUUGGUGCUGGGUCUCUCUUGUCUUCUUCUCUUUUCAAUAUGGAGACAGAACUCUGGGAGAAGGAAGCUCCCUCCAGGUCCCACUCCUUUCCCAAUUAUUGGAAAUAUUCUGCAGAUUGACAUUAAAGACAUCACUAAAUCUUUAACCAAGUUCUCAAAAGUCUAUGGCCCUGUGUUCACUCUGUAUUUGGGCAUGAAGCCCACUGUGGUGUUGCAUGGAUAUGAAGCAGUGAAGGAAGCUCUGAUUGACCAUGGGGAGGAGUUCUCUGGAAGAGGCAGGCUCCCAUUGACUGAAAAAGCUAAUAGAGGCCUUGGAAUUGUUUUCAGCAAUGGACACAGAUGGAGAGAGAUGAGGCGCUUCUCACUCAUGACUUUGCGGAAUUUUGGGAUGGGGAAGAGGAGCAUUGAAGAGCGUGUUCAAGAGGAAGCAUGCUGCCUCGUGGAGGAGUUGAGGAAAACCAAGGGCUCACCCUGUGACCCCACCUUCAUUCUGGCCUGUGCUCCCUGCAAUGUUAUCUGCUCCAUUGUUUUCCAGAAUCGUUUUGAUUAUAAAGACCAGAACUUCCUGAACUUAAUGAAGAAAUUGAAUGAGAAUGUCAAGAUUGGGAGCUCACCAUGGAUGCAGAUCUACAACAUUUUCCCUGGUCUCAUUUAUUGUCUACCAGGAAGUCACAAAACAUUACUAAAAAAUUUUGAUGAUAUAAAUAGUUACAUUUUGAAAAAAAUAAAUGACCAUGAAGAAUCACUGGAUGUUAACAAUCCAAGAGACUUGAUUGAUUGUUUCCUGAUUAAGAAGAAACAGGAAAAUCACAAGGAGCCAUCAGAAUUUACUAAUGAAAAUUUGACAAUGGUUGCAUCUGAUUUAUUUGGUGCUGGGACAGAAACGACGAGCACAACACUGAGAUACUCCCUGCUGCUCCUGCUGAAGCAACCUCACGUCACAGCUAAAGUGAAGGAAGAGAUUGACCUUGUGAUUGGCAGGCACCGCAGCCCCUGCAUGCAGGACAGGAGCCAAAUGCCCUACACAGAUGCUGUUAUGCAUGAGAUCCAGAGAUACAUUGAUCUCCUACCAAUGAACGUGCCCCAUGCAGUGACCCAUGACAUUAAGUUCAGAGACUACAUAAUUCCCAAGGGCACAACCAUAUUGACAUCACUGACAUCUGUGCUGCAUGACCCCAAGGAAUUCCCCAAUCCUGACAAGUUUGACCCUGGCCACUUUUUGGAUGAAAAUAAGAGUGGCAACUUUAAGAAAAGUGACUACUUCAUGUCUUUCUCAACAGGAAAAUGGACUUGUGUAGGAGAGGGUUGGGCUCAUAUGGGGCUCUUUUUAUUGCUGACUACCAUUUUACAGAACUUUAAACUAAAAUCUCUAGUUGACUCAAAGGACAUCUACACAAUCCCAGCAGCCAAUGUAUUUGCUGCCUUUCCACCCACUUACCAGCUCUGCUUCAUUCUUGUCUGUGUAGGUGCACUGUGA